AUGCGCUUCUCACGCAUUGUCCCCCUUCUGCCUUUGGCAUCCGCCCUUGUCAUCACUGAGGCAGAGGUAUUCCAGAAUAUCGAGAAGUCCGAACGGUCAAUUCUCGACAAGGCCCAAAAUGUCCUUGACGGUGCUUUCGACAAGGUACACGAUGUUUACGACAAGGUCAAGGACGAGGCAAAGAACGUCUACAGCAAAGUCCACGAUGCUGGAUGUGAUGUAGAUGCAUGGCUACAGGGAUCAUCGUUCGACGACGAUGUGGUCGACUUCGAGGAGGGCCAUGAUCACCCACACCACCCUCCUCCUCCUCCGCACCAUGACAAGCCACCACACCACGGCAAGCCUCAUCACCCACCACACGACGGUGAUGACAAGCCCAAUCGUACCGUCUACGAACUCAUCAACGAGAGCAAGUACACCACCAAGCUUGCAAAGCUCAUCAACGAGUACGACGACCUAGUACAGCUUCUCAACGGCACCAAGGCGAACUACACCGUCUUCGCCCCUACCGAUGAGGCCUUUGAGAAGAUCCCCGACCACGGCAAGAAGCCUUCCAAGGAGAUCCUCAAGGCCAUUCUCCAAUACCACGUCUCCGACGACUUCUACCCAGCAGGCCGUGUGCUCCACAGCUACACCAUCCCCACGCUCUACUCGCCCGAGCACAACCUCGGCCACGCGCAGCGCCUAACCGUACGCGUCACCCUCAAAGGUCCCGCCAUCAACUUCUACAGCCGUCUCGUGGCCGUCAACAUCUUCGGCACCAACGGCGUCGUCCACGGCGUCGACUCCCUCCUCGUACCCCCACCAAACGUCGCCUCCAUCAUCGACCUGCUGCCCGGCGAGUUCAGCACGUUGGAGCUGGGUCUCGGCAAGACAGGCCUGUUUGACAAGCUCAACAGCACCAAGUAUGAACAUGAGGGCGGCACGCUGUUCGCGCCGAGCAACUUUGCGUUCCAGAAGCUUGGGCCGAGGAUCAAUGCUUUCUUGUUCAGCAAAUAUGGCGAGAAGUACCUCCGCGCGCUGCUCGAGUACCACAUGGUAGUCGAUCAAACGCUGUACACGGACGCUUUCUACGACGGGAAGAAGGGCGGCGAUGAUGAGGAUGCGGCUGGUGGCCCGCCGUACUACCACUACGACUUGGAGACGGUGCUGAGUGGCAAGUACCUCGCGGUUGAUGUAGCGCGGUACGGACCGUUUGUUACUAUCAGGAUCAAUGGCUUUUCGAGGGUCACGGUGCAUGAUGGCGUCGCGAGCGAUGGUGUCAUCCAGGUCGUCUCGGAUGUGCUUGUGCCGCCCAAGAACGCUGCUGGUGAGCAGGUGUACUGGAAGGGCGAGGAGAUGAGUGUUGAGGAGCUCAAGGAGAGGUUGCAGCCAUUCGUUGACGAGCAGGCUGAGUUGUAUAGUAGGAUGAGUGCUGCAUUGUUGGAUUUGGAUUUGAAGGAAAAGCAAGCUGGAUAUUGAGGACCUGUUACGAUCUCUACUAGCAAUGACACAUGAUUCAAUCG